UGCCUUGUAUUACAAUAUUGUAUUUACAAUAUAAAAAAAAAUAUAAUUCACUCAUUUACAUUCUUCUAUCUGUAUUGGAAGUGUGACGAGGUGAAAGUUAGGUAAGACAGAUAUUAAGGCUUACGUUAAUUUUUUGCGGGUGUUUUCUUGAAUUUAAACCCUUGUAGAAGCUGUGCUAAAGGCGAAAUCGUGUUUAAAAUAUGGACAGCGUGGAAAAACUUUACAGAAACUAUGAGAUUUUGGCAGACGCAAACGAAAAAAUUUUAGAGCAUGAAAAAGAAUAUGUUGAAAUACUAGAAGCUGUCAAAGGCUCUGGAAAUGAAAAGCGCCUAGCUUCACAAUUCAUAACCCGUUUCUUUAAGAACUUCCCACAUCUUGUGGACAAAGCUAUUGAUGCCCAAUUAGACCUUUGUGAAGAUGAUGAUGUUGCAAUAAGAAAGCAAGCCAUAAAGGAGUUACCCAGUUUUUGUAAAGAAAACAAAGAAUUUGUUCCGAAGAUUGCUGAUGUAUUAGCCCAGCUUUUGCAGACAGAUGAAUCAACUGAACUAAUUGUAGUUCAUGCAGCACUGAUGACUGUUUUCAGAAUUAGUGCAAAAGACACAUUAGGUGGACUGUUUUCUCAAAUACUUAAUGGGGAGGAAAUUGUUCGUGAAAGAGCCAUUCGCUUCUUAAACAAUAAAAUCAAAGCUUUACCAUCGGAUGUUAUGACAAAAGAACUAGAAGAGUACAUAUUUCAAGAAUCUAAAAAGGUAAUGCAAGAUGUAACAGGGGAAGAAUUUGUUACUCUGAUGGGCCUUUUAUCUGGUCUUAAAAUUUCUAAGACUAUACCUGGUCAGCAAGCAUUGGUUGAUAUGGCUGUUGAUAUGUUAGACAUUGACAAAGAGUUUGAGCACACUGAUUCUGAUAGUGUUGUGAGGGUUAUGCAGUGUAUCAGGCAAGCUAUGCCCUUUUUUAAUCCAUAUGUCAGCUCAGGUCGGUUUGUUCAGUAUGUCUGUAACCAAGUUGUCCCAGUGCUAGGAAAUCUUCCCACCAUAGAAGAAGGAGUAGAUGUUACUUUGGAGUUGUUAAAACUGCUAGCAGACAUGUCACCUAGUGCUGUAAAUGUGGAAGAAAAUCAGAAGUGUCUUGAAAUUGUAUUCAACAAACUCUUGGUCUUAUGUCUUUUCAGAUUGCAGUACUUGGCUCGAGGAAUACAAGGUUAUAUAAAAAAACUAAGGGCAGCAUUGCAAGGAAAGAAAGGGGAGGAAUUAAAGACAGAAGAGAACAAGCUAAAGGUUGUAGCCCUGAAGACAACAUCAAACAUCAACACGCUCAUUAGAGAUCUGUUUCACAAUCCUCCGUCCUUUAAGAGCACAAUUACUUUGUCUUGGAAGGUGCCAAGCAGCUCAACAACAAAGACACCUGAAUCUACUCCCAGUGGCCCAAAGAGGUCAGAAAGAACACCCAUUACUUUUGAUGAAAACCCCAAACAAGCAAAGAAGACAGUACCGAGUAACAAAGGAGAGAGGGAAAUUUACAUACCUCCUAGUGGGAAGUACAGCACUAAAGUGAAGAACUUUCAAGCACCUUCUGGUGUUCGAGGAGGAAGAGGUAGGGGUUUUUCCCGAGGCAGAGGAAGAAGCUAUCGAGACAGAUUUUAUUAAUGUUUUUGUUUUUUUUUGUAUUCUGAAAAAUUUAUUCAAAUAUUUCACACAUUUUCUGUUGUGUUUUAGCAGUGUCAGUUUGUCAAAGUCAAUACGGUGUUUCAUCCUGUACAUUUUUGUGAUGGAUCAUUUGUGUAAAAACAUUAAAUAGUUACAUAACUUCUGUUAUA